AUGAAUGAGCAAACAAUUCUAGUCAUUAUAUCAUUUUGUAUUAGCAAUUUCAUGCUAAUUGUACAAAGUAUGAAUGAUGCACCAUUACGUGUAGAUAUUAUUGAAGAAAGUCCAACUGGAAGUAUCAUACCUGGAGUAGCUGAAUAUUUACAACAAUUAUUAACUCGUCAAGGUUUAACGUCAACAACAACAACAACUUUUCAGUUGAUCAAUGAUGGCACAUUUUCAAAUUUAUUCAAUUUAGAUCCAAACACAGGUCGAUUAAUUAUCGGUGGACGGAUUGAUAGAGAAGCUUUAUGCCCAUUAUGGGAUAAUAGUGUAAGUGCUAGUACACAACGAAAUCCCAGUCUAAUAGAUGGUAAUGAGUUUGUCAAUUCUUCACCGAAUGAAUGUAUAAAAACUUUAAACAUCCUGAUUAUUUCUCGAUCAAAUCAACAACAUUCAACUAUUGGAGUUGUUGAAAAACAUGUUGAGAUACCACCGAAAACAACAAGGAUAUUAAUUCACGUAGUCAUACACGAUAUUAAUGAUAACGCACCUAGAUGGAAUGAAAACAGUGUACUACAUGUGAGUUUUGUCGAAACACCUUCAUCACCAAAUACCAAUGGAUGGAAUACAGUUCAGACAAUUCUACGACCUGUUCAAGAAAAUGACGCUAUUCGACAUGCUAAAUCCAUUGAUCGUGCUUAUGAUCCAGAUAUGGGUCAGAAUGGAACAAUCGUUUAUCGAUUAAUUGGACCAGGUGCAGAUUAUUUUCGAUUAGCAGAUAAUCUUAACAAGAAACCAACUAAUGACAACAAUGAUCAAUAUCAUAUUCAGUCAAAUACGGAUUUAUUGAGUCAUCGAAAAACCGAUCUAACCAUGGAUUUAUAUAACAUCAACAACAAUAAUAAUGGAAAUCUGAAUCCCAUCAUCUCCAGUACACAUGAAACACCUAUACAAAUUUGGCCUAUUCUACCAUUAGAUAGGGAGACAAAAGAUUUCGCUGGACAAGGUGGUAUUUACAAUCUAACCUUGUUAGCAAGUGAUCUAGGCAAUCCACCGAAAAGUACAAGUAUACCACUUUUAAUCACGCUGAUUGAUGUCAAUGAUCAUAUACCACAAUUUCAUAAUCCAGCUAAUCAGUAUGAAGUGAAUCAUAAUUUAAAUUUACACAGUAAUCAGAAUAACAAUCCUCUUGAAUCGAAUUACGUCAUCUAUCGACCGUUGAAUGGGAAUUUACGUGAAACAUUACCAAUUGGUAGUUUUGUGUUACAAUUAAAUGCAUCCGAUCAAGAUGAUGGCUUACAUUCAAAACUAGUCUAUGGAUUUUGUCCAUGUGAUCGAAAUGUAGCACAGAAUUAUUUUAAAAUUGAUUCUAUCACAGGACGUAUUACUGUUAGUCAUUUAUUGGAUUAUGAUAAUGGACCAAGACAAUUUCGAUUUAAAGUAAUAGCUAAAGACAGUGCACCAGAACCGUACACAUUAACAGGUACAGCUAUUGUUGAAAUUAUGCUUGCUGAUGAAAAUGAUGAGACACCACAAAUAAAUGUUAUGCUGUUACAACGUAAUUCCGUUUAUGAUACCAGUUCUUCAACAACAACAACAACACAUCAUUCAUUUCUAUCGAAUAAAAUUAAACAAAAUUCGAAUGGUGCAAAGUUGUUACGUGAAUUUACCACAACUAUAAAUGAAAAUCCUCAACCGGAAACAGUGAUUGCUUAUGUUCAAGUAUAUGAUCCUGAUCACCAUGGACAAGAUCAUAUUCAUUGUCGUCUAGGUCCAACAGAUAAUUUCACAUUACAAUACGACCCAUCAUCAACGUCAACAUCAUUAACAUCGAUAUCAUCAACAGGAAGUGGUGGCAGUAGCAGUAGUAGUAGUAUUGGUAGUAAUAGUAAUUCAUUGUUAUUCUUGACAAAACGUAAUUCAUUCUAUGACAAUUCAAUACAACGUUCAUUAACAAAUUCUGUACAAAAUAAACAAGAUUAUCGUUUAAUAACUGGUACACGAUUAACAGACUUAUCCUCGCCAUAUUCAAGUUUAGAUCGUGAAAUUACCCCCAUUCAAACAAUCACUUUAACAUGUACAGAUAGUGUAGAUAAUUCCGCUUAUGUAAUCAUUCAUGUACAAUUGUCAGAUUUAAAUGAUAACGCACCAGAAUUUGUAAAUAAUGGUCAUUUUGUAUUUCAAUUAUCGGAAAAUCAAGAAUUACCCGGUAAUAAACCAAUUUGGUUAGGACGUACAAUUGCAGUAGACAAUGAUCAAGGUGUCAAUGCACUGAUUACAUAUCGUUUAGAAAAUGAUGAGUACAUAGAAAGUGGAGUUGAAAAUAAAGACUAUGAAAUGACUGAUAGUGACACGAAAUCAUAUAUGAAUAUGAAUAUGAAUAAUAAUCUUAAUAAUAUGUUUGAAUUAAAUUCACAAACAGGUGAUUUAUAUGUUAAAGUUGUAUUUGAUCGUGAAACAGCUCCGAAUGAUGGAGUUUAUCGAUUUAAAGUGUUAUGUAUUGAUAGUGGUGAACCAGCAUUAACUGGAACAGCUCAAGUGGAAGUGUUUAUUUUAGAUGAAAAUGAUUGGCCACCACAAUUCACACGUGAAGUAUAUACAUUCAGUGUACCGGAGAAUAUGAGAAUUCAUGAAACAGUCGGUGAAGUUGAAGCGAUCGAUCGUGAUGCAGAUAGUAAAGGGAAAAUAACUUAUCAAUUGAUUACACAUUCAUAUCAACCAGUAAAUGAAUUAACUGACUGGGUAUUAUCAUCAGCAUCAUCAUCAUCACAUAGAUUACAUUCACGUGCUCUUGAAAAUAAAUUGAAUGGAAAUAAUGAAUUGGCAUCAGUAGGCGAGAACACUGAGUUCAAUCAGACUUUAAACAAUGAAUUGAACAAGAGUAAACAAUUCAAUAGAACAAGUAAACAGUCUUUUGAAGCGAUCAAUUCACAACAAGAUGAAUUGAAAAAGACCACUGUAUCAAGCAUGACAAAUGACAUUAAACCAAUGAAUCGUAUAAAUUAUUCACAUUCAGAAAAAUUGUCAACUAUGUUAAAUUAUUUCACAGUGGAUCGUUUAACUGGUAAAAUACGUCUUAUACGUACAUUGGAUCGUGAAUCGGUAGCAUUGUUCACUGUUGAAAUUGUUGCCAUUGAUUCUGCUCCGAUUUCACCAAUUAUAUCAUUGCGUCAAAUUAACAGUAUGAUGUCUACAACGAAGUUAACCAGUGGCAGUAAUAAUAAUAAUUUUACAUUGAGAAAUACAUAUAAUAAUAAACCUGUGCAUAAAUCCCUGUCAUCUACUGCUACCGUUGUAAUCGCUGUCACUGAUAUCAAUGAUAAUCCACCAAUAUUUCGUCGACCAAAUACAUCUACUGCUAUUCAGCUAAGUAUGCAUGAAACACUAGGUAGACAAUUGCUUACAAUGGAAGCAACUGAUGCAGAUGAAGGAGAAAAUGCAAGAAUUACUUAUCAAAUCAGAUCAGAAGUUCCUCGACCACCUGGUGGUUCAGGAACUGGACAUUUUGCUAUUGAUGAAUCAAGUGGAAUGUUAUUUAUAGCUAGACCUUUCAACACUACAACUACACAUCGAUUUGUUGUUGAAGCUUGUGACGGUGGUAUUGGUCCGUCUAGACGUUGUACACUGUCUCCAGUUAUACGUAUAAAUGUAUUUGAUAGUUUAAAUGAACCACUGUCUAAUUCCAAUAAUGAUUUACUUGUUUAUCAAACUGGCACAUCAUUGAAUCAUGAUAAUUUUCAACAAAAUCAUCAUCAUCGUAAAUCUGAUUUAUCAUUUGAUUUAGAUGAAUUCACUGUUGGUUCAGUAAUGGCUGUACAAAAUGGACGACGUAAUGAAAUUGUUGUUGUUUGUUUAGUUGUAUUAUUUAGUAUAUUAUUAAUGGCAACAAUUUUAUUAGUAAUAUGUUUAAUACAUCGACGUGGAUUAACUACACGUCAAUGGAUUGUUAAUCGGUCAGAAAAUUUAACCUCAGAUAAAGAGGAUUGUAAAAAAGAGCAAAAUAUUGUCAAUAAAACAGUGAAUAAUAAUAAUAAUAAUAGUAAUAAUAAUCCUAAUAAUCGAUCGAAUAUUGAUUUGUGGAUGGAAAACCAAUUACCUGAUGAACAAUCAGAGCUGAGAACAGAUAUGAAAUUAGAAUCAAAAUCUCCUCUGCAAUAUGGAAUGACAAAUAUCUCAGUUGAUGGUAAAAUUCAAACCUAUGGCGGUCAUGAUGAAUUGAAUUCACCAACACGUAUUCUAUCUAAUAAUACCAUAUUAAAUUAUCAUCCUCAUCCUCAGCCAACGAUCAUGUCACCUCUAAUAUCCGAUCUACAACAACAACAACCACAACCACAACACAUUCAUAGUCAGUCAUUAGUGAAUCAAAUGGAUCAUGGCACGAUUAAUAUGAACAAUAUGAGUAAUAUGUAUACUCCAAGUCGUUUACGUUUAUUUUCUACAACACCAAUUGGAAUUAAUCCUUGUGGUGGUGUAUACAAUAAACGCGAUUCAAAUAUACCGCAUGUUUUAAGUAAUUCAGAAGUUAAUCAAUUGUUGACACAAUCCUCAUAUCGACCAUCAUCACCAGAUUAUCAAAGUUUAGAUGCAAUAUGGUGUCAUCAAAAUAAAUUUUCAUCAGGUACAAUGAAUAUGAUACAUCGACAAAAUAAUAAUCAUAAUAAUAUUAAUAAUUCAGAAUUCAGUCCUUUUAACAACAAUGGUAUGAAUCAUUUCACACAUCGUUUACCAAGAAAGAAUCAAAAAUUAUUACCAACUCAUUAUGCAUUAGGUAAUAAUAAUCAUAAUAAUAAUUCAGAUAAUCAUGUGAAAUCAACAUUGAACAAUGGACAACAACCAAUGAUGACGAUGAUGAUGAUGAUGUCGAAUGAUUUCACUGAAUCAUCCGGAUCAGCAUCAGCAUCAAUAAUACCGACAACAACAACAACAACAACACCAGCGCAUCGAUCAAAUGUCAAUACAUUUUUACCGCAUACUUAUUAUGAAAUCACUACACCAUCAUCAGAUACAUGGCAUCAUCGAGGCUUAUCAACAUUUAUUUCAAAUGAGGAUAGAAUACUUGAUGAUGGUGGUCGGAGUAAUAAUAAUAAUGAGACACAUGUUAAUUUUCAUGCACAUAAUAUGUCUAGCCCAACAAAUAAUCAUCAAUAUCAUGUACAUCCAUCACAGAACAACCACAACAACAACAUUAAUAAUCGAUUACAACAUCAACAGCAAUUAACUGACUUCCAAAAUCGUUCAUAUAAUCAUCAUAUAGCUACAUUGAGUAGAGCAGCUAGUGGAAAAGCACGUAGACGACAAGCUGCAUCCACGACGACAACUAAUACUCAUAUGAAUCGUAAUCAUACACAUCAUAAUGAUGAUAGUAUGUAUAAUUUACAAGCUGGUGAAUUAGCUAUACACUCAGUUCGACGUUCAAUACAACCAAAUCAGAAUAAAUCAAUUGAACAGCAUAAAAUUGAAUCAGACGAUAAAUUGUCUAAAUUAAAAAAUAUAAACAUGACUAAUGGUGAUAAUUGUGACAAUAUUAAUAAAGUAGUGAAUACUAAUAAUAAUAAUAAUAAUAAUGUAUAUCAUGAUGGUGAUAACGUGGUUAUUAAUACUGCUACCACUACUAAUACUACUAAUAAUGAUAUUAGUAAUAUUAUCAAUGAACAAGAUAAUAAAAAGUUACAAGAUGGUCAGCUAACUGAACAACAAACCAAUAAUGCGCAACAUUAUACGUACCAAGCAUUUCGUGAAGGGACAUUUGUUUGAUAUCUUAUUAUUACAAUAAAUAUUUCAUGGAAUAUUAACUUUAUAAAUGAAGCCGUUCGGGUUAUUGUAGAUGUAUGCGUGUGUGUACAUAUUUGUGUACAUCUCAUAUGACAUUCUAUGGUAUACAGAACCAGGAACUAUAUCAUUGAACCUAUAUCAUUAUUAUCCUAUUUAAAAUGAAGAUAGAUGAAAGAUCAAAAGUGAUAAAUCGAUAUAAAAAAACUUAUUACAUACACAAUAACAUGUCAAUCAUUUUGUGCAUUUGCUUAAUUAACCUUGUAUUAUGUAUUGUCCUGCCUGAUUUGUGAAUUGACGCCUUCUUUUUUUUUUCUCUUCUCUCCCAUGUAUUCGUUUUCAUGUCUUUUCUUUCAGGAAAAAAAAAAUAGUAUUUUACAUAACUUCUGUUAACAUGUGUAUUAUAUCGAAUGUGAU